AAUAUGCCGCCGCCAGCUCGUCCGCAAUUUUACGGACAUAAUCCAAAUCUAAAGUUGCCGCCUGACCUCUUUCUCGUCGGCUGCACCUUUUAUAUAGUGGAAUAUGACGAGACUGACGCCGAUGAACUACCCAUCUGGAUGGAGACUAUACGGCAGUUUGGCGGCGAUAUUGAACGCGUCUAUUGCCAACGCGUCACUCAUGUGCUCUGUCGCACGCAACGUCAUGGCGUAGUUAUGCAGGCUUUGCGCGACUCCAAGCGCUGUAUAACCGCUUACUGGUUAAGUGAUAUCUGUUUCAAGAAACAAUUGCUGCCGCCAUGGCAGGCACUGCAUCUACCUUUCCCCAGCCAAUUCGGUUAUCAAAAGCCGCUGGAAAGGCAUAUUAUUUCCACGUACGGUUUCGAAGGUGAGGAGAGUUUCCGCAUUAAACAAAUGGUGGAAGAGUGUGGUGCCAUAUACACAUCAUAUUUGUCGAAACACAACACUGUGUUGAUUUGUAAGAAGCCCGAAGGCGAUAAAUACAUCGCUGCUAAGGAAUGGAAUAUACCGAUUGUAAAUUCCAUUUGGCUGGCAGAUAUUUGCAUUGGAAAUCUGAGUGGAAUGUCGCAGUACGAAAAUCAAAAGUAUCAGCAAUAUUCGCUGGUGGCGCCCUUCAGAAUCGACUAUCCGCUAGUGCCGCAAUUGAUGUCUGCUUGGAAGGCGCCGAUAAAUCUAACGCAGGAAGCACACGAACGUGUCAAACGUUCUUUGGCCGAACCAUUUCCCGAGCAAAAGGCAAAGCGUCAAAAAAUCUCGCCAUAUCAGGAAGAAAUACCUGAAAACAUAGUUUGCAUCGAAUACCCACAGAAUGACAAACCACCGAAGGUGAUAUUUUCGCAGGUUGCCGACCCAGAAUCGCUGAAAAAAGCUGUGCUUUCGCUUGGUGGAAUUGUUGUGGAAAAUCCAGAAGAAGCCACCUUCUUGGUUAUGACACGCGAAAGUCGCACUUGUAAACUAAUUCAAGCCGUUUGUCAUGUAAAUUAUGUUCUGAAGUCAACUUGGUUGGUGGACAGUGCCAAAGCGGGUCGCUUCCUAUCGCCAGAACCGUAUAAGAUACAAUACAUACCUGUCGAUGAGAAUCUAAAAUUCCAUCUAGAUACCGUGCUGCAUUCAAGCGUACGAAAUACUCUCUUCGCUGGCAAACAUUUCUUUGUAACACCCGACGUAUUCCCGUCGCGCACUGAAAUCGUGCGCAUGAUUGAGGCAUCCGGUGGCAAAGUCGAGGUAAAACGACGCACAUCACAAGCAAUCGCUGAUACGCAUGCUCAAUCGCCAGAGUCAUAUAUAAUCGUAACGUGUCCCAAUGAUAUGCAUUUAUGUGUGGACUUGACGCGCCAGGGCAUACCAAAGUGUCCGAUUGUUUCGACAGAGUUUGUGAUGAGUUCGAUACUAAAGCAAAAAUUGGAGAUCGAACCAAAUCUAAUCAACUACUUGUAUAAUAAUAACUAUGCUAGCACUAAGUCGAAAUAGUAUAUUAUCAUAUACGAUUAAAAUUGGCAUAUAUAAACACAAGUAAAGUUAAUACGUAGUAAGAAAAAAAUAUUAAUUAAGCUGUAGAUAUGUAAUUGUAUAUAUUUCUAAGUAAAGCGUUUAUGAUUUUUUUAUAUAUAUCAUAUUUUCGUAAUACUACCAUUUUGUACAUGUUUAUACAUUACAGCGUUCGUAUUGCGAAAAUAAAAUUUUUUAUAGAAAAAGGCAAAACAACAUCCAGUAAUUUAUACAUACAUUCUUAUGUAAAUAAUUAAUUCGAAAAAGAAUCAAAAAAUACUUAUAUUAAAGAAUAAAAAAAUAUAAAAAAUAGUUAAUAAAUUAUUUGAUAUUUUGAGAAAAAGUAAACAUAAGAUUGCGUUUAAAAUACUUUUAAUGUAUACGAUUACACCCGGGAAGCCACCAGCACAUUGCGUAAAUUUAUAAAUAUUAUUGAGUACUUUAUUUCUAUUGUUUUAUUUUGUAUGUAAAACAAUACCGAAACUAAGUAUGUAUGUGAUAACUGGUUGGCUGAACUGUCACAAUAAAAAAUAUUUUGCAAUAUAUAAAUAGGUA